AUGUUUCAGUGUCUUUCUGGCAACGGAAAUAAAAUAAAGAUUUCGUUUGUUCGUGGAUUUUCCGGACCACCACAGUUUGACAGCCAAUGGUUGCCGUUACGGGCCCAGGGAGGAGAACAUUCUCAAAUUGUUGUCUCCCAUGGAGAGGUUAACGGAGAGGUACCCCGCUUGGUUGACAUUCAGUUGAAAUUGUUAGACGGAGCCAAUGCUGGCUUUGUAUUCAAGGCGAUAGGUAACGGCGAGCGAGAUGACGACGGGCCAACUUCAUAUGGCGGGGUCAUUUACAUUUACAACGAACAGGAGGUUGUCGUCAUGGUACCGCAAUGGAAAACCAACCCAUAUAUGGGAUACGCCGUGCACACUGCAACGUCACCACCCCAUAUUUGAUGCCAAGCGAGGUCUCGAUAUAAGGUACCUAUGUAUGCAUUGUCCUUGCAAUAUCUCAAUCCAUUCUGAGGGUGGAAACAAAAAAGUGGGCUGCCACAUAACGACAUAACCCAGUGUAAUA